AUGUUCAGCCAAAGGACCCAAAUAUAUACGUAGCUUACCAUCUGUUCUCUCUGUUUCAUCAAUCAGACUUUCAGUGCUUAAUUAGAACAGUAGAGAGAUUCCGCAUCUUUUGAUUUUGAAAUUCUUCAGUCGCCUGACAUCUCCUCCAUUUAGUAAAUGAGGGUAGAACCUGAAUGAAGCACCGCGGCCAACACAUUCCACAUCCCACAGUGCUUCUUCAUCUCCUUCGCCUCUUCCCUCAUUACGUAAUGACGAAUCCGUUCAAUUGUUUAGCUUGCGUGCAUUUAGAAAGCAUAUUCCUCCAGACAGUUGGAUGGAUUUGUCACGUCGUGCUACAUCGUACUGCAAUGGAAAUCCCUUGGCGCUCAGAGUUUUGGGCGGUACAUUGUUCGGAGAGGAUAAAGAUUAUUGGGAGAGUGUUUUGAGUGGGUUGAGACUGGUUCUAAACCCGAAUAUCGGCGAUAUUCUCAGGAGAAGCUACAAUAAAUUGGGAGCUGAUGAGAAGCGACUGUUUUUGGAUGUUGUUCAGAAGCUACUAAUAGACAUGUCAUCAAGCAUCAAGUCGGAAAACUUGGUAGGUAUGGGAUCACGCGUUCGCGAAGUUGAGCAAUUGUUAGCCAUGGACGAAGUAGAUGAUACUCGCAUCGUUGGACUUAAGAAUAUCGGGUAUCCGUGAGAUAUCCACUAGUGCCCGUUUAGAUAGUUUGAGUACCCGUAUUAUCCAUUAAACUUUCAUUUUCUUGUUAAGCUGGACCAUGUUAUACGUUUGUGGAGUUGCCAUUGAAUUUGUACAGAAACUUGCUGAGUUGUUGUGUCGUUUAGAUACGUUGGGUGUAAAUCGGAAGAAGAAUCUUAGUGCACUGAGAAGGUGGGACAGGUUAAGGUAAUCACCGUGGUUACUAAGGAUAAAUUGGGUAUGGAAAAAUAAAUUAUAUUAAUUAAUUUUGUAAUAAAUUACAUUUUAGGUA